AUGACAGACUACGGUCCCCGGGCGCCCCAUGGACCCGACAUGACGGGCACCCACGACCCGCUUGUCGACAUGCGGCUCCACGAGAAGGAGGCCUUCGACACCUUCAUCCGCCCAGACGACUCGUACACGCCCGAGGGAGUCUACUGGGCCGACCUGCCGCUCCUGAAGAAGAUCAGGUUCGUCACCGCGGUCGACAUGGAGGAGUCCAAGAAGGAGGUCUCCUCCUUCUGGGAGAUGUUCAAGAACGAUCCAUUGGCGCCGGUGGCCUUUUACUUUAAGAACAUGGUGCUUCCCGGUGCUGGUCUCGGGCUGGAAGGAUACGUGCUGUUCUCCAUUGGCAACAUCAAGCCACUGUUCCAGAAGUCGUUUCCGGACUGCUGGAAGAGCCACAAGACAUGUGACCCCACCUGGCUUGCGGCUGUCGAGUACCUUGAGAUUUGCGGUAUCAUCGUUGGCCAGAUACUGGUCGGUGUGCUCGGUGACUGGAUCGGUCGUCGAUGGGGUCUGAUUCAGGAUGCGGUGAUCAUGUUGCUAGGUCUUAUCAUGCUUACGGCGGCCUGGGGUGUCACACAGAACGGCUGGGUUAUCUGCUACGUCUGGUCGCUCUUCUUCUACGGAAUCGGUGUCGGUGGUGAAUACCCGAUGACAGCUACCUCCGGCAUGGAGAACGCGGUCGGCUCAGGAAAGGUCUCUACCAAGGAAGAUCGUCUUCACCGUGGUCGCAAAGUUACGUCUGCCUUCCUUAUGCAAGGGUGGGGCCAGUUCUUCAACCAGGCCCUCCUCAUCCUCCUGCUCCUCAUCUUCCACCACGGCAGCGGGAACCCGCCAUACUCUACCGUCUCAGCUCAGUGGACCUACCGUGUCUCCUUCGCCAUCCCGGCCGUCGGAACCCUGUGGCUGGUCUACUACAGAUACUACAAGAUGCGGGCCGCCAGUAAGCAGCUAGUCAUUGCCAAGGCCAAGUCUAGCGUCACUGGCUACGACACCGAGUCCCUGCGCCUUACCUUCAAGCACUUCGGAUUCCGUCUACUUGCCACUGCCGGUACCUGGUUCGCCAACGAUGUCUUCUUCUACGGCAACAAGCUCUUCCAGUCCGAGUUUAUCAGCGUCAUCUCCCCGCACACCACCUCCGUCAUGCCAGGUUGGCUGUACAACCUGCUCAACGUCGGUGUCUCCCUCUGUGGUUACUACCUUGCUUCUUUCCUCAUCGAUAACAAGCUCUACGGCCGCAAAUGGAUGCAGAUCGUCGGUUUCAUGAUGGACUUCGUCUUCUUCAUCAUCCCGGCUUUCAACUUUGAAUACUACACUUCCCCAGAGCACAUCAGGGAGUUCCAGGCCAUGUACUUCCUCUCCUCCUUCUUCAACCAGUUCGGUCCCAACUCCGUCACCUUCCUCGUCGCAGCUGAGGUUUUCCCCACCCCCAUCCGUGCCACCGCCCACGGUUUCGCAGCUGCCAUCGGCAAACUCGGCGCCCUCACCGCAGCAAUCAUGUACAGCUACAUCUCCACCACCCAGAAAUUCCACGUCGUCCCCUGGUUCGGUCUCGCCGGUGUCAUUCUCACCUACCUCUUCCUCCCCGAUACCACCGGCCUCGAUCUCAAGGAACAAGAGCGACGAUGGUUCUAUAUCCGCCAGGGCAAGGAGUCCGAAUACCACGGUCCCGCCGUCCAUCCCAAGCAUCUUUCUGUCUACGAGCGCUGGAGAGGAGCAGGCAAAUACUACGAUGCCGAAGCUGAUUAUAAGCAGAAGGUCGCUGAGAUGCGUCACGAGUGGGUUGCUGCCCAGGAACGCAAGACGGACGAGAAGAGCGGUUUCGAUCUCGAUGAGCACCAUGAUUACGAGCCCGUACAUCACGACGUGCACAAGUACUUUGAGCGUACAAGUCCGAUGAUCCUUGGACGUGAGAAGAACGUUCCAUUGAGUGAACAGCUCCCAUCGCCUCACGAUAGUGGGAACGACGAGGUUGUUGAACAUCCUCACCAGGAAUAA